UUUCUCCUUUUAGGGAUUCACUCACUCCUUCUUUAUUGGCAGAGUCAGGAAAAUGUCCACGUUUUUGGGCAUGAGUGUGAAUGGUGUGAGGAGCUUCUGUCCUGGGAGAGAGGAGAAGAUCGAGUUUGAAGCCCCUUUGACGUUGAUCCUUGGACAAAACGGAUGUGGGAAAACUACCCUGAUAGAGUCCCUCAAGUUGGCGGUGAGCGGAGAUUAUCCUCCACAAAGCGACAUGGGAAGGUCGUUCAUUCAUGACCCGAAGAUGACGGACACGUCGAAAGUAAGGGCAACAGUAAAACUGAGGUUCGUCGGGAAGCGUGACACGAUUGUCGAGGUGUGUCGGAACGUUGAAGUUCAGCUCAAGUCGGAUGGAAAACUUCAGUUGAAAACCGUUGACUGUGCAAUAAGGAAACGGCAUAUCCAUAAUCUUUGGCCUCCGAAAAUGGCCACAUCCAAGUGUAUCGACGUGAACCAGGAGAUUGAACAUUUACUGGGAGUGCCCAAAGCCGUGAUGACCGAUGUGAUGUUUUGCCACCAAGAGGAUAGCAAUUGGCCUUUGGAUGAGCCGAAACGCGUUAAAGAAAAGUUUGACAAGAUUUUCUCUGCGGACAAGUACAUCAAGGGAAUGAACGAGAUCCACAAGAAGCGCAAGAAAAUACAAGAAGACCUUAAAGAGUCUCGCCUGAGGUUGACUUACUCCAAGUCCGACCGGGAAAUGGCCAAGUCGAAGCGCCUGGAACUCCGGCAAUUGGAGUCGAAGCUGGAAGUGGUUGAAGCCGAUUUGGAGCGAUUGAAGGGGGAAUCUGCUGCCCUGAAACAGCAGAGGAUCGAGCUUGCCACCAAAGAGGAGGCCCUCAAAGAGGCCCGUUCCAAAAAGGAUAGAAGCUGUGCCAAACUGGACUACCUUCGCAAAACUGCGGAUGACCUGCUGGAAAGUGUCGGCGAAGAACCCGGUGAAAGCAAGGAAGACCUCCUUCGUCACGUGGAAUCCUUCCCUACCCGAAUCGAAAACAUUGAAUCCGAGUUGAAAAGUGCCGAGGCGCAGCUGGAGAAAUGCGCGAAGUCGCGGAAAACGUUUAACAACCAGAGAGACGCCGACCAAAAGCGACUGGGCCAGUUGGAGAGCGAGGAGAAAAUCCAGGGAAUCCGGGUCACUCGUCGACUCGAAGAAGCCCGGAAACUCGUCGAUGACUACCAUAUUGUUCCGGGAAACGAAUCCUCUGGAGAGUUUGUCGAUCAGGUUGCAGCCCAGUUGGACAGCCUGUUGGAAGAUAAGAAAAUGUACGUCGAGACGAUGCGGUUCGAAUGGGACGAGGCGAUCCAAGCUUGUGCCAACAAACUGGGAGCCUUGAGGGAAGAGCGUUCGGGGAUCCAGACGGAAAUCCGCCUGAAGAAGGAGUCCAUCGCAACUUGGGGCACGGAGGCGCAGGCCAAGAAGAAAAAGUGCAACUCGUCCCUCGCGCGGGACUCCGAGCAGCAGCGACAGGACCUGAAUGACGAGCUGGCCUCCCUGGACGCCGACAUUGUCAAGGAGGAGCAGUCGAGUGAGCGAGACGCGUGUGAGGCGCAGUGCAACCAGCUGAACGAGGAGCGAGCCGCCAAGAAGCAGCGCCGGAAGCAGCUGAAGGCCGAGUACGACGAGUUGGCGGAGAAGCAGGCGGCUGUGACGCAGGCGGAGGAGCUGCGGAAGGAUCUCAAGUCGAAGCGGGAGGCGGUGGACAAGGCCUGGGAUGCGGACAUGAGGGACCGAUUCGGGCAGGUGCUGGACGUGGCCGACGUGGACUUGAAUACCCUGACUUUGCUCCUGGACGAAAAGCACGCAUCCCUGGAGGAGCAGCUCAAGUGUAAAGAAGCUGAGGCGAGGCGGAUGAGAGAAGAACACGGACUAGUGAAAGCCCAAUUCCAACACGCCAACGAGCGACUCGCAAAGCUCGGUUCGGGAAUUCAAGAACUGGACGUGAAAUUGAAGAAGUCUUUGGGGGCGGAGAAAAGUUUGCAGACGGCCAUGGAUGAAAACCAGUCGCGCAUUUCCGAGCUGAGCGAGGCGAUAUCCGAAGGUGCAGCGUUUGGCAAGCUCAUGGACAAGUUUGUAGCUGCGUUCAGGUGCAGGAGCAAGCCUCAUUGUCUGGUUUGCAACCGAGGUUUCGUCUCGGCAGAAGAAGCAGAAAGUGCAGCUGUUGCCGUGAAGCAAAGGAUACAAGGAGCCGCGAAAAUGGACGAUUUGCAGGCAGAGUUUCUGGAAUGUCAGCAAAAGUCAAAAAUGCUCGAGUCUUUGUUGCCCGUGAGUGCUAAGCGUGCGGAGUUGCAGAAGGAAAAGCCUGCCUUGCAGAAGGAGGUGGAAGAACUCGAGCGAGAAACGUCGUCUGGUUCAGCGAACUUGACGGCCGCGGAGAAGGCCGUCGAGGAGAUGAAGGAGUUGCUGAGCAAGUGCCGACUGUUGUUUGGUCCUGCGGAAUCCCUGAGUCUGCGCUUGCACGAGACGCAGGCCUUGAAGCUGAAACUGUCCGCUGCCGAACGGAACCUGGGUUUGAAUCGCAGCUUCACCGAAACGCCGAAGAAGACGUUGGCUGAGGCAAAGGCGGAACUGGACGACUUGGAACAUUCCCUGGAAAAGAUCGAUUUUGACGUCCAACAACUGCAGACCAAGAGGGAACAAAGGGCUCAGAAGUUGCUGCGGUUGAGGCAGAAGCGUGUUGGCAUUGAGGACGCCAUCAGAGAGGUUCGCAAAGCACUGGAGGAAGGCAUGCUGGCCGAGCAACGUCUGAUGGAGCUCGAGCGAUGGAUCCACGCCGCAAAAGGCGAAGUGGAAUUGAAGGAAAAGGAACUGAGGCCGAUGGAAGACCGAGAAAAGAAUUUACUUAAGGAGAAAUCCGAGGCUGAGGACAAGAAACGUAGAGUUAUGGACUCUGGUCGUCAGGAAAUGGAACGGCUCAAGAGCCAAAAGGCAGAGUUCGAGCGAACCGGGAAAGAGAUCGAAGAGUACAAGGCCAGGGGCGUUGGCAGGGAACUCGAGGAAGUUCGCAGAAAACUCGUCGCCGUGGCUCGUGAACUGGACUCAAAUACCCGAGAAGAAGCCCAAGUUCGGGAGCGUGUCAGCGGGUUGCAAUCGGAGGUCGGCAACUCGAAGCUGAGGCAUCAGCAGCUGAAAUCCUCGCUGAAAUUGCUGGAGACGCGUGAAGCGAUCCAGGCGGAAGAGGAGCAGCUGAAAGAACUGACUGCCCAGUACGAGAAGUGCAAUCCUACGCACUUGCUGGACCAGAUACACGCCGUCUCUUCGAAGUGGAUUCACUUGGAGAAGGAGACGACGGAAAAGGCCGUGGAGCGGAACAUGAUGCAGAAGAAUGCGGAGGAGCGGCGCGUGGAACUGGAGGAGAAGCGACUGAAGGACGCCCACGUGCUGUACGCCAAGGGCGUCUAUGAGCUCAGCGUGCUCGAGGGCAUUUGCGAGGACCUCAACCACUACUACAUCUGCCUGGACAAGGCCAUUCUCAAGUUCCACUCGGAGAAGAUGUCGGAAAUCAACCGAAUCCUCGAGGAGAUGUGGAGAGAGACGUACAGAGGAGGAGAUAUCGAUUACAUCCAGAUUCUGACGGAGCGAAAUGACAAGGACACGGAUUUGGGUUUGGAUGCCAAGCGGCGUGUCUACAACUACCGGGUUGUCAUGUUCAAAGGAACCACCAUGUUGGACAUGAGGGGGCGUUGUUCUGCUGGUCAGAAGAUUUUAGCUUGUCUGAUCAUUCGCAUGGCCCUGGCGCAGGCUUUCGGAGCCAACUGUGGAGUUCUGGCACUGGAUGAACCCACGACGAACCUGGACAGCCAGAACAUCGCGGCCCUGGCUGAGGCCCUGAUGAACAUUGUUGAUAAGCGACGAGGACAGCAGAGUUUCCAAUUGGUCAUCAUUACCCACGAUGUCGAGUUUCUGAACAAAAUCAUACAAAAGGAGAAGGUUUCUCACUUUUUCAAAGUUUCCAGGAACCUAAUCAUUCUGCCUCCCCCGGUGCAGUCUGGGUGGGACGCGGAUGCAGUGAGUAAGCCGACCAGCGCUUCGUCGUCGUCGUCUCUUCCCGGAGUGAUCGCAGUGAUUGCCAGUUGUACAGCGCCACCGUAUGGCGACCGGAAGGGAUGGGUGCCUCGGAAUCAAGAGGAUUACGGGGAUGGAGGCGCCUACCCGGAGGUGGCUGUGGCGCAGUACCCGUUGGGCAUGGGGCGCAGUGGCCAACAAGACGGUGCCAAGAAGAGCAACGCCGUCGCGGUACAGUUGGAUGCGAGUGGGAAAGUCAAGUACGACGUGUUGGCGCGACAAGGCGCGAGAGCCGACAAGGUGAUCUACUCCAAGUUCACCGACCUGCUGCCGGCGUCAGCUCGCGGCGACUUGGGCGACGAUGACCUCCGCGUGCCGGACGACGAGGAGGUGGACGAGACGACGACCGCGACGCGGGAGGCACUGGAGAAGCUGACGCAGAGCAAGAUCACCGCCGCCAUGCCCGUGCGGGCCGCCGAGAAGACGGCGCCGGCCCAGUACAUCCGCUACACGCCGGCCCAGCAGGGCGCCGGCUUCAAUUCCGGCGCCAAGCAGCGCAUCAUCCGCAUGGUGGAGGUGCAGAAGGACCCGAUGGAGCCGCCCCGGUUCAAGAUCAACCAGAAGAUCCCGCGGGGCCCGCCUUCUCCGCCGGCGCCGGUUCUCCACUCCCCCACCCGCAAGGUGACGGUGAAGGAGCAGCAGGAGUGGAAGAUUCCGCCGUGCAUCUCCAACUGGAAGAACGCCAAGGGUUACACGAUCCCGCUGGACAAGCGACUGGCUGCCGACGGACGCGGUCUGCAGCAGAUGCACAUCAACGAGAAGUUUGCCAAGCUGGCCGAGUCCCUGUUUAUUGCCGACCGGAAAGCGCGCGAGGCCGUCGAGCUCAGGGCCACGAUGGAGAAGCGUCUGGCCAAGAUUGAGAAGGAGAAGCGGGAGGAGCACUUGCGGCAAAUGGCUCAACGAGCCCGCGACGAGCGAGCGGGUUUGGGUCCGUCGAGGCCGUCGCGGCAUGAAGAUGACGUUGGUGCCGGAGUCGGCGGCAGUCGAGAUGAGGACCCCGAGGAGGCAGCGAGGAGGGAGAGGGACGCCCUGCGUCAGGACCGCCACAGGGAGCGGCAUUGGGAGCGCAAGGCUGGCGGAGAAAAGAAGAAGGCUGCCCGAGAGCGAGAGAGGGACAUUACGGAGCAGAUUGCCCUGGGCAAGCCGUCGAGGGGCCCAGGCGGAGGGUCCGAGGCCCAAUUUGAUCAGCGUCUCUUUAACCAGUCCAAGGGAAUGGACUCUGGUUUCGGCGACGAUGAAGCGUACAACGUGUAUGACCAGGCCUGGCGAUCGAGCGGCACCGUCGGACAGACCAUUUACAGGCCGUCCAAGUCUGCCGUGCAGGAAGGGCUGGACUAUGAGCGGUUGGCACAGGGCAACCGGUUUGUCAGUGAGAAGAACGCCACUUCCACGGGCCUCACUGGGCCAGUGCAAUUCGAGAAGCACCAGCGUCCGGGGGGCAGUAGUAGUAGUAAUAGAGCUGCUGCUGCUGCCGCCGACGAAGGCGAUGAUCCCUUUGGAGCCGGUCUCGAGGACUUCUUCAAGCAGGCCAUUCAGAACAAGAGGUCGGACAAGGAUGACAAGGGCGGCGGCGAUCAGAAGCGGAGAAGACGCGAGUGAAGAGAGAGAGAGAGAGAUGGUUGCGAAAGAAGAGGAAUUA